UUCUGCUCGUCGAAAUCGGAAGGCAAACCUGCGGCCGUCCGCUGCGGAUUUUAAUCGAAAAAAAGAGGUCACUUUUUGCGCGGAAUGCGGUCCGAACCAGCGUCCAUUUGCGGCUAAGACUGUGCACCAUGCGGAAAACUAGGAGUCGGACCCGGAAAACGUCAGUUAUCUUCCCGGACAAUUGGACGGCUUCGGGUAAACAGUUACGCGAAUGCGCACAAUAGAAACAAUAGAACCGCCUAACGGCACUGUGAGCGGUAAACAGUGUGCAGGACAACAAAGUGUGACGACAACAAAAGGGACUGUUACAAUAAACCCAACGUGGAUCCGGACCGAUCCGGUUCGAAUUAGAGAGCCAGUGCAAAGUGGUGGUGGCGUAUCGGCGGAUCGUACGCGUGCCAAUUGGUAAACAAGUGUUGGGAUUUCACACGGGAGACACGUGAGAGCGAGCCGAAGGAUUACAAUACCGAAGGGGGGGGUUUAAUCCAAACGAAGCGCUGGACCUGGAUCGACCUCGUGGGUACGAUCGUGUGUGGUGCACGAAGAAUUACUAAAAAAAAGCAAAUUUUAAUGAUAAGUGAAGUGCAAGUGAAUUAAAAAACAAGCUACCGAGAUCAAAAUGGGCGUUAGGUUCGAUUACGAUUACUGGGGCAACCAGGACGGCGGGAAAAACAACGCCAAGGAUGAAACGACCGAGGUUACCUUCUUCAUGCCGAAUGGCGUCCUCAUCAUACAGACGUACUCGGUGAACGCCACGCUGCAGGAGCUGAAGGCGGACGUCUGGGAGGAAGCGGAACGGUACCCGCUGUACUGCCACCUGGGCGACAAGUCGAUGUACUACUUCAGUGCCAUGUCCGCCACCAGCACCGGCUGCUGCGAGCUCAACGACGAAAGCAAACGCCUGUUCGAGGUGCAGCCCCUCUUCUGCAUGUUCCGCUUCGUCGAGAAGCAGGUGUCGGUCAACAACAAGCUGAUCAACAACAUCACGACGCUGCUGGGCAAGACGCUGUCGGAGAAGACGCUCAAGAACCCGGAGGUGAACGACUUCCGCACGAAGAUGAGCUACUUGGGCGAGGAGAUUGCGAACAAGCGGGCGGCGAUGAACCGGAUGGAGCGGAUCGCGUACCAGUAUCCGCCCAAGCUCGUCACGAACAAGGUGCUGCCGGAGCUGGUGAAGAAGCGGAUUGUGAAUGGGGACUUUUGCGUGGUGGCGAAGAGCGCGGAUAUGCAGGUGACGGUGAAGAUUCCUUGUAAGGCGACGCCGGAUGAGGUGAUUAAGCGGAUUUUGGAGAAGAAGCAGAUUUCGGCGAAUACGAGGAAUGAGAAUAGUUUCGACUUUAUACUGAAGGUGUGCGGGAGGGAGGAGUACAUGUUUGGGGAUCACCCGAUCAUCAACUUUCAGUACGUGCAGGAUUCGCUGAGUCGCGAGGAAACUCCAACGUUCGUUCCUAAGCUGUUGCGGAAUGUUGAGAUAUUUGAGGAUAAUAUUUAUGAGAUACCGGAGGACAUAACGCACCGGACGAACAGCACUGGGAGUAAGCAGAUGUCGCACACUUUGCGGAAGGUGAAGCAUAUCACAAGCUGGGAGGUCGAUACGCAGUUCAGCUGUGUCGUGCAGGAGAUUGCCGACUUGAAUUGUGACGCGAAUCGGAACGUGGAGGUUGGGAUUCAGCUGGGGCUGUUCCACGGUGGCAAGUCGUUGUGCAAACCGAUGAAGACGCAGCUGGUGUCGCUGCACAAGGGUCGGGCCGCGUGGAACGAGACGAUCGUGUUCGAUAUCAACGUGAAGAAUGUUCCUAGGAUGGCACGGUUGUGCUUGGUGAUUUACGAAAACGUGCGAACCGCGAAGGGGAUUGGCGUGAGGGCGAGGAGAACCAAGGACGGCUUUAUGAAUCCUAUCGCGUGGGUCAACACGAUGCUUUAUGACUACAAGAGUCAGCUGAAGGCGGGUGCGGUUACGCUGUACACGUGGACGUACGCGGAAGACUCGCAGUCGGAAGAUGUGCUGCACCCGCUUGGGACGGUUGAGCCGAACCCGCGACGGGACGAGUGUUCUUCGAUGAUCCUGUGCUUCGAAGAUUACAAACAGGAGAACAAAAUAAUAGUCUACCCUUCGGAGGAUCAGCUGAUGAAGCACGCGGCGAAGAAUCGGAACUGUAACCGGCCGUUGAAUCGGGACAGUGCGGAGGAGGUGCGACCGAUCAAGGAAAUCCUGAUGCCGUACAUCCACAACGACCGGUUGAACGACAUGCACGAGCAGGACCGAAACGCGAUCUGGGCCAAGCGGCGUGAGUGUAAGGAUCUGGAGCCGGACGGUCUGCCCUGUCUGCUGUACUGCGUCGAGUGGAACAACCGGAAUGAGGUGGCGGAAAUAACUGCUCUGUUGCAAGAGUGGCCAAUCCUGCCGGUGGAGCGUGCCCUCGAACUGCUCGAUUACGCGUACGCCGAUCAGUACGUGCGGCGGUACGCGGUCAACUGCCUCCGUACCAUCCAGGACGACGAACUGCUGCUGUAUCUGCUUCAGCUGGUUCAAGCGAUGAAGCACGAGUCGUACCUCUACUCAGACCUAGUCGAUUUUCUGCUGCAGCGGGCGCUCAACAAUCAACACAUUGGACACUUUUUCUUCUGGCAUUUACGGUCCGAGUUCCAGUUUCCUUCCGUGCAGGUGCGCUUCGGGUUGAUCCUGGAGGCGUACCUGAAGGGCAGUCAGGAGCACGUGGCGAUCCUGCUGAAGCAGAUGCAGUGCUUACGAAAGUUACAGCAGGGCUCGGAGCUGGUCAAGAAGGGCAACAAGGAAAAGGGCAAGUCGCUGCUGAUUGGCCAUCUGCAGGAGCGUGCCAGUGGUGAGGCCAUGUCCGAUGUGAUAAGUCCGCUCAAUCCGAGCUUCCGGUGUAAAUCGGUCCGCGCGGACAAGUGCAAGGUGAUGGACUCGAAGAUGCGUCCGCUGUGGAUCGUGUACCAAAACUCGGACAUCAACGGGGACGAUAUAAAUAUUAUUUUUAAGAACGGCGACGAUCUACGCCAAGACAUGCUCACCCUACAAAUGCUUCGGAUCAUGGACCGGAUAUGGAAGAGCCAUGGGCACGACUUCCGGAUGAAUCCGUACAGCUGCAUCAGCACCGACCGCAGGUUAGGUAUUAUCGAGGUGGUUUUAAACGCGGAAACGAUCGCCAACAUCCAGAAAGAGCGCGGCAUGUUCUCCGCCACAUCCCCCUUCAAGAAGGGAUCGCUGCUGGCGUGGCUCAAAGAGCACAACACGACGGACGAAAUGCUCGCGAAAGCGGUGCAGGAAUUUACGCUCAGCUGUGCCGGCUACUGCGUGGCCACGUACGUGCUGGGCGUCGCCGACCGGCACUCGGACAACAUCAUGGUGAAGAAAACCGGCCAGCUGUUCCACAUCGACUUUGGCCACAUCCUCGGGCACUUUAAGGAAAAGUUUGGCUUCCGCCGGGAGCGGGUGCCGUUCGUGCUGACGCACGACUUUGUGUACGUGAUCAACAAGGGCCGGACGGACCGGGAGGCGCACGAGUUCCGCGAGUUUCAGAUUCUGUGUGAAGAGGCAUUUUUGAUUCUCAGAAAGCACGGCUGCCUAAUUCUGUCCCUGUUUGCCAUGAUGAUUUCGACUGGUCUGCCGGAACUAUCCUCCGAGAAGGAUCUCAACUAUUUGCGUGAAACUUUGGUGCUCGACCUGCCCGAGGCGGAAGCCCGCGAGCACUUCAAGUCCAAGUUCAGCGAAGCGUUGGCCAACUCGUGGAAGACCUCGCUCAACUGGGCCUCGCACAACUUCUCCAAGAACAACAAGCAGUGACAGUUGCGUUACAAUCUCACGAUGUAAACCGAUGGCGGGUCCUAGGUAGGCUGAUGGAGAAGAGAGGCGGAUAGCAAUCAAUCGUCGGAGCUGCCUUUUGGCAGAGACGAAGUGCGCACCGCGCCGGACGAGACCGGGAAAUGCCUCCAGCCGCGUGUGCCACCCAGAAGAAGCAGCAGCAGCGUCUUGACUUUGUGUUCCGUGUUGGCAUUUUUCGUUCAACUCUCCCGUAGCUCAGUUGCGUUCAUUUUGUGAAUAUUUUUUCUAUUAUGUAUGUCGAGCAUGAGCAAUCGUCAGCAGAGCUGGACGUUCUCACCGGUAGUCGCUUAGAGAGGGAGAAGAAGAAAAAAGCCCAAGAUCAACAGUAUGAACGGUACUAGAAUUAAUUUAGCCAAUUAUUGAUCAACUAUGUUUCAGACUCACACCGUAAAUCAAUGUUGCUUUCACUUUGUUUGUAUAUUUAUCAUAUUAAUUUCAUGUAGACUGUAUUCUCACUAGAAGAUAGAAAGGCAGCAUUAACACAAUCGUGCAAGUGAGAGAGA